AUGAGUUCCUCAAGCAGUAGCCAGGGCGCCGCCUCGCCCCUGGCCGGCAAGUCGAUUCUCUUCGUCGGCGGAGGUACCUUUGGCGUUUCGGCGGCCUACCACCUCGCCGAGAGGCUCGGCCUGGCGUCGUCAAAGACCACCAUCACCGUCGUGGACCGCUUCGAGAGCCCCUCGCCCAUUGCGGCGUCGACCGAUCUCAACAAGAUCGUCCGCAGCGACUACUCGGAGCCCAUGUACGCCAAGCUCGGCGUCGAGGCGAUGAACGAGUGGAAGAAGGACACGGGCAUCUUCGCCGGCAUGUUCCAGCAGACCGGCUGGUUUCUCGCCGCGCAGAACGCCAGCAUCCCCUUCAUCGAGGCGUCGGCCGCGAACCAGGCCAAGCUGGGCAUCACGGGAGUCAAGAAGGUGACUCCCGCGGAGGCGCGCCAGAUCAGCCCGUCCUUCACGGGCCCGAUGGACGACUGGCAGAUCUGGUGGAACCCUUGGGCCGGCUGGACGACCAGCGGCGAUGCGCUCGCCGCCAUGACGACUGCCGCCAAGAAGCUUGGCGUGAGGUACGUCUCGGGCGACGACGGCUGGAUCAAGAAGCUCCUCUACUCCCCGGACGGGACCUGUAUCGGCGCCGAGGCCGAGAACGGUGCCCGGCACUACGCGGACGUGGUCGUGGUGAGCGCGGGCGCGACGUCAGCCCGGCUGCUGGACUUCGAGGGCCAGCUGCAGGCCAAGGGACACGUCGUGGGCCACAUCCAGCUUACGCCGGAGGAGACCAAGAAGUACGCCGACCUCAAGAUUGUGGACCACUUUGAGCAGGGUAUCCUCUUCCCGCCCAACCGUGACGGCAUCGUCAAGGUUGCGACGGUCAACUUUGUCACCAACCACGAGAGCCAAAAAGCUCCUGGACUCAGCCUUCCGCGCUUCCGGCAGGACAACCCUCGGGACGACAUCCCGCGCAAGAUCGAGGGAGAGAUCAGGAGUUGGCUGCGAGAGUUUGUGCCCGACCUGGCAGAUCGUCCGUGGGCGGAGACCAGGAUAUGUUGGGAUACGGACACCCAAGAUCUGCACUUCCUCAUCGGCAAGCACCCGAAGCACAAGGGGCUGUAUCUCGCCACCGGCGGAUCGGCGCACGGCUUCAAGUUUCUGCCCAUCAUCGGCAAGUACGUCGCCGACAUGCUCGAGUCGAAGCUGGAGCCGUCGUUGGCGCACACCUGGGCAUGGAGGCCGGGACGGCCGCGCAAGGAGAAGCAAGGACCGGACCCGCACCCUUACCCCACGCGGGAUCUGGCCGAGUUUGAGGAUUUCAAGCCCAUGAGGGCAUCGAAGCUCUGA